AUGCUCGUGCUCGUCAGUCCUGAGGUGCACGAGCCGAACGGAACCCUCUAUCAGCAGCUUCGUGCUUGUCCGGACUUCACGCGCCUCUCUCUCCUCCGGACCGGGAGGAGGAGGAGGGAAUCGAACUCGUCUCAUGAUGGGACACCAUCCACCGAGAGGAGGAGCCGCCGGAGCCCGAGGAGGAGUGAGGGGGGGAGUCCCAGUCCCCGUACGGAUACAACAUGGCAUGCCCCAGGGGUGCCUAAGAUCCUGGUUGGGAACCGUCUCCAUCUGGCCUACAAGCGCCAGGUGACCACGGAGCAGGUGUACGCUGAGAAACUGGGCGUCACCUUCUUCGAGGUCAGUCCGCUGUGUAACUUCAACAUCACCGAGUCGUUCACUGAGCUCGCCAGAAUCGUGCUGAUGAGACACGGCAUGGAGCGACUGUGGAGGCCCAACAAGGUGUUGAGUCUUCAGGACCUCUGCUGUCGCUCCAUCGUCUCCUGCACCCCCGUCCACCUGGUGGAUAAACUCCCCCUCCCGCUCGCUCUCCAGUUCCACCUCAAGUCCUUCUCCAUGGCCAACGGACUUAACGCCCGCAUGAUGCACGGACGCUCCUACUCCGUCACCAAGAGGAGCGGUGGGACGCGGGAAAAACCCAACCUGAUCAGGGCGCCGCCGCUCAGCCCGUUGGCACAGAGCUGCAGAAACAGCUGUAAAGUCUCCUAACAUCUGGACACACCAACGCCUGGUUUCUACAUUUGGAGACAUGACUCCAGAAACAGAUUUGAAUGAGCAUCAAGAAAAAGAGAAUGUGCGUUUCACAGAGCUGAGGAUCGACUCUGUUCACUUUUUUCUCAGAGCAUCGCUUUCAUCAGUGUUUUUAAGAAGCUCAAACACUUAAGAUUAUUCAUCUCCACGGCUCCAAGCUUCUGAUCUGAAAUGGACCUGAGAGAACCUCCACUGAACCAGACUCACAAAUAAAAGCCACUGUUCAAAUCACAGAAAAGUCCAGAGACACAAACUUUAUUUUUUUAACUGAAUUCAUUUCGUGAGAGUUUGUUUGAAUUCUUCAGCCACAACGGAAGAAACAAGAAGAAACUUCACCUGAAAUCAGUUUAAAAAUGGCUGUUUGAUGAUGUACAUAGAAUUUUAGUCUGUUUGGUUGUUUUGAUAUAUUUUAUACAGGAAAUGACAUCAUGUCCACAUCAACAGUAAACGUGUCGUAAAGCGACUUCGUCUUUUUCACAGCCGCCAUUUUGAAUCCAACGUAUUAAAGCCACUGCUGGAAAUAAAUUUGAUGAAAAAAUAUUGUGAGAAAAAGGUUUUAAUAAGAUAUAAUAACAAUUAUAAUGUUAUAAUUAUAAUGUAAGUUUUAUCAAAAGCUCCAUAUUCUCACAGAAUUUGUUUUCAAAAUGUUACAAGUCGACAAUUUUUUCUCAAUCACGAUUUUAAGCUUAAAAUAAUUAAGCUUAAAACGGUUUUUUCUCCAUAAUUUUCUUUUUUGUUAUUUUUUUUUAAACAUCACAAUUUCUUCAACAAUAAAUAAAACAAUAGUUUUCUUAAAGAGUUUUUUUUCAUGGACUUGCGACAGAGUUCUAACUUUUUCAUUCAGAUUUUUCUCCUCAUAACAUUAUGACUGUUUCCAGUUGAAUCUCAUUUCUUCCCUAACAUUGGCUUCAAUACUGUUUCUCGGUCCCCAGGUGGAAUUCUCCGUCUUUAACCACAAGUUUUCUUCUUCCUCAGGAUGUUUUCUCCAAAAUUAACACAUGGACAAUAACACGCACACAUUUGUACGUAUAAACACUAUGGACACUGUAUUUUUGCACAAUGAAAACAAUGAAAUCUUUGUGUCUGAGAUGAAGUUGAAACCUUUAUUCUUCUUUGUGAUCAGUUGCCAGGUCAUCAAACUGAAACCUGUCUUUUCAGACACAAACAGCUGCAGUGUGUGUACAAUCUUUGAACGUAUUGUAAAUAUGAAUGUUUGAUGAUGAUGGAGAACUUGUGGGUUUCGUAUCUGUGUUUUAUUUUUCACCUGCCGCUGACAGACGAGGUCUGAGCUGUUUAUCAAAGUUUAAUCAGAUGCACCUUUACAAUAAAUCUCUUACACACUUCCUGUGCUUUUACACCAGCUACACA